AUGGUCCCAAAUACAAAAGAAGAAUGGGUUGCAGUCUCGUUACAAAAGGUUAACUGCAGCAAAAUGGAUGCGAGGUUUUCUGAAGUCGAGAGCGAAGAAAUGGCUAAAUUGAAACCUGAUAUCUCUAAAGAUCUCGAAUCAGAAGCGGCAUUAAUGUAUUUUCAGCAAAUCCCAGAUAUUAAAAAGCAUCAACCGAAUUCUAGCGGAGCUGUGAUGCCUAGCAGAACGGAUAAUAUGGAAAAUGUCACGAACGACUUGAAGGAAGAACUGAAUAGAAGAAUGAGAGCAGCAUGGGCAGCAUUCGCAGCCAUCAGGGAAGCUAAGGACCAACUGACGGACCAAAAUCUUCGUGCCCAUCCGUUCGACUCGACAGUCCUUCCAGCGCUCUGUUACGCAGCGGAGACGUGGGCAGACACCGCGGCCACGUCUAGGAAGCUACUUACUACCCACAGAGCCCUUGAGAGAUGUCUCCUGAAGUUUAACCGGCGCACACAACACCUUGCCGGUCUUCGUAGCUCCGACUUAAGAGGAAUGUCUCGUCUUCGCGACCCAGCGGAAUAUGUAUCGAAAGCAAAACAUAGAUGGGCCGGUCACAUCAUGAGAAGAAUCGACGAUAGAUGGACUAACAGAACGCUAGAGUGGAUCCCAAGGGACGCUAAACGCCCCCGAGGGAGACCGCCAACGUAA